AUGGCCACAAUACGGAAACGUGCCGCGGAUCCGAGUGAAGGCGGUGACGCACUGCCUCUGAAACGAUCAAUAACUGAAGAGCAAAUGAGCGCACCGAUGCCGUUAGCGCUGAAGGCCCCAGCGCCGUAUAGCGAUGAGGAACCAGCUAUCGCUGAAAGAAAUCGUGUGGAUUAUACGAAGAAAAUCACAAUUGCGAUGGCAAAGGCUAACACAGGUAGUGCAGUGUCCUUUAUCGACAAGUAG